AACAUUACAUUCUGACGUAAAGGAAGAACCUUUUGCUUCAGAUUUGAGGCCUCUUGAAUUAGCUGAAGAUGAUAAAACUUUUCCCAGUACUUCUCUAACAUUAGAAAGUAACUGUGAUCCUGAACAUCUUCAGAAAGAGGAAAAAGAAAUUGAAAAUAACUCAGUGGAAUGCACUUCUGAGAACAGCACUGUUCAAGAUGACUUGGAUGUUUAUUUGUCAGAUUGUGUAGAAAAAGAACUGCCCUUGGAGAAGAAAGAAGAAAAGGGAGAAAAACUAGGAAAAAGUACUGAAACAGAAAAAGAUGAGAUUGAUGUGACCGUGACUGAAGAGUCUGUGUCCUUGCAUACAGGAAGAGUUGAGGAGCACAGUGAUAACAACAUUCGCGAAGUUCAAACUGAAGUUGAACAAUCUGGCCAAAUACGUACAGAACCAAAAUCAACAGAAAGUAGUAACACAGCAGAACCAAGCAGUUCAGCUUUUGACACGUCAGGAAAACCAGAACUACUGAACUUUCUGGGUGACUGGCCUGUAGAACAAACAAUGGGACAGAGAAUCAAAAGAGCUAGAAGACUAGAAAAAUCUUCUCUAAAGAGCGAUAAGGAAGGUAAAACUCCCAGUCAACAGAAUCUUGAGUUAGGUAAAGAGCAAGCAGGCCUGCCUGGGACCUUUACUUUUGAAAAAGGACAUGAGAAAGAAAAUCUAGCCUCUGGCUGUUUCUCUGUUAGUUCAGAUGAAAUUACACCGCAGUUGCAAAUGAUAGGACAUUGGCCUGUUGCAGGCUCAUUAGAACAGAGACAGCAAAGGUCAAGGAGAAUGAGAAAGACAAAUCUGAAUCAGUCCAAUGAAGAUAGAAUUGCUGAAGGUGACAUUAACAGAAAUGCUCUCGAGACUGUAGAUGUGCUUCAUGGGACGCCUGUGAACAUUGCAGAGCAACCAGAUACAGAGACUUUGCAUAUGCACCCACCUGAAACAGAGGCUAGUGAAACAGUAGGUGAGAAAAAAACCCAGCAAAAUAAGAGAAUGAGGAAACAUCACAAAUUAGCCCUCACUUUCACAAAUAACAAUUUGUCCCAUGCCAAAGAAGAGGAAUAUUUGUCAAUGCUUAAUGUAGAAGAGAAACAGGAUGCAUGCUCAUGUAGUCAAAAAAGUAGCCAUUCACAGACUGAAUCACAGGACUUUGCUCUCCUGUGGAGGUUAGAAAAGAAAAUGCUUUUUCCUGAGACUACCAAAGUAUUGCAUGGCAGACUAGAUGGCUUCAAACCCAAAGAUGUAGAUACUGUUUCAGAUUCUCAGGAAAAAAUUCCCUAUCGAGUUAUGUAUGAUAAAAGUACAUUUGUGGAAGAAAGUGAGCUUAUCAAUAUUGAUGAGACUGAAAAGCUAAAUAUGCUAUGUAAGCUCUUUGAUUCUGUUUCAUUUGAAGCUGUGAAAGAUCUGUAUGAAAGAUGUAAUAAAGACAUAGACUGGGCCACAGGUCUGCUCUUAGACUCUGAUGAGAAGUUACGCAAAGAUGUUGGCAUCGAAUGCUUUCAAGUAAGAGAAGCUGAGCCAGUUGUUGCAGACCUUGAUUUCAAGGCAAGUACAAACUAUGGUGAGAAUCUUAAGGACUGUGAACAAAUGUUGCAAAUAAAUGGGGCUAUUGAUAUCUCUGAGCCUUCAGAAGAUAAGAACUCAUCGCUCAGCAUUGCAGAAAGUCGAGCUGCCAAGGCAACUGUGACAGAUGUUGAUGUGUCUGACGCAUUGACUGCUACCUCGUUGAAGGAUUCGUCAGAACUGAAGAACUGUGAGGAUGCAGCCCCUGGAACUGAUGCAGGCAGCUCAGCAGCAGGUAUCGUUGAGCCAUUUGUUUCAGGAAAGGAGAAGGUAGAAGCUGAGAGUCCUGUUGAAGAACAUAUAAAUAAGCCAUUAGUCUCACAACUUGAUGCCAGUUUCUGUGUACCCAUGACUCUGCCUCAUGGUCCUAACACAACUUCUACCAAUUUGAAAUUUGAAUUAAAUACAGAGAGCAGGAGUAACCCUUCAGAAAGCAAUGCAGAGAAUUCCAAAGUGAUGGCUUCGUUACUGGAAGUGGAUCAUGCACCUCUGGUCAGUCCUAGGAAUGAUGAAGAACUGGAAACCCAGGGGAGUUCCGGAGAGAUACGUGGUAAAGAGGAAAUUGAAACUCAAAGCAGGGAUGAGGCCAGAGCCAAGAUACAAAGUCCUAUACCAGCAUCACGUGCAGCCUUCAAUAUAGAUUGCUUAGAACUAACAUUACCUCCUGAACUGGCACUCCAAUUGAAAGAAAUAUUUGGGCCUGUUGGCAUUGAUGCAGGAUCACUAACUGUUGAGGAUUGUGUGGUUCAUAUUGAUCUGAAUUUGGCCAAAGUGAUUCAUGAAAAAUGGAAAGAAUCUGUUCUGAAGCGUCGGAGGAGAGAUGAAUCAUGUAAAUUGUCUGCAGAAGGUCCUACUGUGAUUCAGCAGAUAGAUACAGAUGACUCAGAAACGCUGUUAUCUCAGGCUGCAGACAGUAAAAUACAGAAGAAAAAAAUGAGCUUCGUAUCUGGCUCAUCUAACAACAUACAGACUAAAAACCCAGCAACAUCAGACGUUUUUCCUUUUAUGGAUCAUUGGAAUGCUCAGAUUCAGAAAGUUUCUCUCAGACAAAUAAUUUCUGAAGAAAUAGCUAUGCAGGAGAAACAGGACCUGAAUCGUGUUCCUUGUAUGGCUAGAAAAGACUGUGCUGCUAAACUAAAGGAGAAGCAACUUUUUGAGAUGUUUCCAACUAUUAGUCAAGAUUUCUUAAUGGAUAUCUUCAAGGACAACAACUACUCUUUAGAACAAACCGAACAGUUUCUGAACUGUGUUCUGGAGGCAGAUCCUGUAAAAACAGUUAUAGCUCAAGAAAGCGUUCAUCAAAAUGACAUGGUUUCUUCCUGCGGUGCUGCAAAGAACCGGGAGAAGAAGGCAAAAAAAAAUAAGGAAGAGGAUGAACCUUUGAGUGAAAUACUUCAAAAAAUUGAGUAUCCACAAUACGAUGAUUUGAGAGCAGAAGCUUUUUGUCACCAGCAAAAGAGACAGGAAUGUUUGAAAAAGGCUGGGGAGGCCCAUCACAUGGGUAUGAAGUCUGUGGCAGCAUUUUAUGCUCAUCAGGGUCGCCUUCAUGAGCAGAAGAUGAAAGAAGCCAACCAUGCAGCUGCUGUGCAAAUCUUUGAGAAAGUAAAUACCUCCUUGCUGCCUAUGAAUGUGUUGGAUCUGCAUGGUCUCCAUGUGGAUGAAGCAGUGAAUCAGUUGUCCAGAGUGCUGCAAGAAAAAAGCGAAGAGUACCAGCAGACCGGUGGUAAACCGUAUCUCUGUGUUAUCACGGGAAGAGGAAGCCAUAGUCAGGGAGGAGUUGCUCGCAUCAGACCAGCAGCUAUGAGAUACCUCACAAGCCACAACUUCAGAUUCACAGAAAUAAAACCAGGCUGCCUGAAAGUCAUGCUGAAUUGAAGGGUUGUCAAGAAGAGGAAUAUAGAAACUGAGGUGUGAGAUCACAGCUAAAAACUUUUUGAACAACUGCAAUAGUAUUUUGUAAUCUGUUUUAAGGGAUGAUAUUUUAUUAGAAAUGGUCUCAAUUUACAGCAAGUGUUUUUGUCAGUAUGUUUCCAAGAAAAUUUUUGUGUGGAACGGAUCCUUUUUUGAACCU